CAGUCUCUCCUGCUUCCAUCCCGCUGAUCGGAUGAUUCGGAUCCCGAUGGCUCUCUGUACCUGGUCGCUCUGCAUCGCCCUGAUCCUCUGUCAGCUGUGUCAACAAGUCUCCUCGUCUCGUGUCGCGGAGGGGGUGAGCUGCUCACAACCGCCGGAGAACCUUCCUGACUCAGAGGAGCCAAUCUACAUCAGGUGGAUAAGAACAGAUAUCGAGUCUAGACGGUAUACCUUUGCAACUGGUCUUGGCCGCUGCAAUGAAUGCAUCGAUUGCAGUUGUUCUGUGAAGGUCCCUGAGGCGUUCAGAAGGCGCAUCCAGGAGAACCUCAGGGGCAAAGACACGCUCGACGUAGUCUUGCGUCUCCGAGGUUUUGAUUCCUUCCUUGAGGUGUCACUGCAGGAGGUAUGUAAUCCAUCUUACGCACUUACGCAACCAUACGACAACACUCAGACGUCUCCCUCAGGUGGAGGGGCUGGACGUGACAGGUGGUGAAUGCUUUAUGGAUAUCCAACGCUGGAGGGAGGCGCCGCGCAUCUGCUACUUGGCGAGGUAUGUGCAUGACCGAGAAUACAAGCUGUCAGCCCUUUUAUAUGUUAUCUAUUAUUGUCUCUCUGUCCAGCCUGAGCAAGGCCGACAAGCUGAACGGGAACACCCUGAUGGUGGCUCUCCUAUCCUGGAUUGACCAGUUUUCGCCUGCCUACGGCUGCACAAAGGUGACAAUUCUUGACGUCAGCAGCAUCAAGGAGAUGUAUGUGCUCUCAAAAGCAGGUACGCGCAGAUGAUGCACAGGCUCUGACUGACAUGCACAUCGAUCCGUUUCAAUUCGCUUGCAUGUGCAUGUCAGGCUUCUACUAUCAAUCCUUUGGCUUCCAGCAUGCCCCUCGGGCGAACCAAGACGGCAUCUGA